GGGCGGGGCCUGCGCGCCGCCGGGGCCGCGGGGUCGGGCUGGGGGCUCCGCUCUCUUCAUUCUGUCCUGGGCCUCCGCGGGCAUAAAGCGGCGGCGCACGGCUGAGGGGUCUCCUCAUGCCGGCAGGCGGCGGCGGGUGGGUCACACCUCCGGUGUGACGGGUGUCGGAGGCGUUUGUUUCCCCGGCGAGGAGGCGCGAGGAGCGCCGGUGGCCGCGCACGGCGCGGGCUGUGUGUGCGGAGCUGGGCAGGGCCCCUCGGAGCUGUAGGAGGAAUGACAAGCGUGUCACGGCGGUGACAAGGCAAGACAUUAGUCUAGAUGCAGUAAAGUGGAAGAAAUGGAAGAAAGGAAGAUCAAGAGGAGGAGCCCCAAAUCGUCUUCCAGUCACUCUGCUCAGGUUGCUAAUUCCAAGAAAAGCUCAGUGCCAGUCAGUAAAAGUACAGCCUUUUCCAACCCUGCCCCACAGCCUGCCGUACAAAAACCAAAGUUAAAACGUGUAAUCAAAGAGAAAGCCAAACCUCCAGGAAGUGAAGCAAAAGGGGCACAGGCAGCACCAAUCCAGCAUUCUUUUCUCACAGAUGUGUCAGAUGUCCAGGAAAUGGAAAGGGGACUUCUGAGUCUCUUGAACGACUUCCACUCUGGCAAACUUCAAGCAUUUGGAAAUGAGUGUUCCAUAGAGCAGAUGGAGCACGUGCGGAGCAUGCAGGAGAAACUUGCUCGCCUCAAUCUGGAGCUCUAUGGGGAGAUGGAAGAACUCCCUGAAGAUAAAAGAAAACUAGCCAGUGAUUCCAACCUGGAUAGACUGCUGUCAGAUCUAGAAGAACUAAAUUCAUCUAUCCAAAAACUACAUUUAGCAGAUGCUCAAGAUAUUCCAAAUGGUACUACAGGCUGAGAAAGAACAUCUUUGUCAAUGUGGAUUCUCCCAGCUUUGCUUUUGUUUUUCCAGACAAUGGAAUUAAGAAGAAUUAUGACUUUGUGUUGUUUGUUUUUUAAUUGCACACAACAAAGAAUCAGAGUGCAAAUCCAGGUGUUUAUUUUGCACAUUCCUUUGAGCACUGCAUUAUAUCAGGGCUCAGUACCUAGAGUUGUAGUUAAUUGUGAUGCUGUGCUUUUUAUUAUUGCCUUACUUAACAGAAAAAUUGGAGAAACUCGGAAAUAUACUUCUUCUGCUUAAUGUUCAUAUGGUUGCAAAUGGUACAUGUAUAUAAGUUCAUUGGUGUUUCUCCAGUUUUUAUGAAGGUAGUGAUAAUGUUGCCUUUCUGAUCAUUACAUGGACAAUCUGCUCACUGUAUCUUUAGUGUUUUGCUGAUUGGUGAUGCCACAGAUUAAUUUAUUGUUAAUAAAGUGAAACGUUUUAAAUAU